UGACCAAUAACAGCACGGCAGAGCGUCAAGGUAGUUAGGCUGGGAGUGUUCGUGUGCCGGUGGUUUAUUUUAAAGGUCAUACAUGCGACGGUUGUCAAGUUGUUGUAAGGAAAGUAUUAUUGAAGUGACCCCAGGACCAUGUCGGCAGAGCUGCCCCGUGACAUCAACAUCCGCGAGCCUCGGUGGGACCAGGGCACAUUCAUGGGUCGGGCCCAGCACUUCUUCACCGUCACCGACCCUCGAAACGUCCUCCUGUCUAGCGAGACUCUGGAAGACGCGCGGGUGACAGUGGAGAGCUACAGGCGUGGCAUCGUGAAGCCAGGCCUGACCGAGGACCAGCUGUGGAGGGCCAAGUAUAUCUAUGACUCUGCUUUCCACCCGGAUACCGGCGAGAAGAUGCUUCUGGUUGGCCGCAUGUCUGCGCAGGUGCCCAUGAACAUGACGAUCACUGGCUGCAUGCUCACCUUUUACAGGACCACUCCAGCUGUGGUGUUCUGGCAGUGGGUGAACCAGUCCUUCAACGCCGUCGUCAACUACACCAACCGCAGCGGGGAUGCUCCGCUCACUGUAAAUCAGCUGGGAGCUGCGUAUGUCAGUGCCACCACUGGGGCUGUAGUCACAGCACUGGGGCUGAAGUCUCUUACCAAGCACCUGCCUGCUAUUAUGGGCCGGUUUGUUCCCUUUGCUGCGGUUGCUGCUGCCAAUUGCAUAAAUAUCCCCUUCAUGAGACAGAGGGAACUGAAGUACGGCAUCCCGGUGACAGACGAGAACGGCAACCGAUUGGGUGAAUCCACCAAGGCAGCCCAGCAGGCCAUCUUUCAGGUGGUCGUGUCUCGGAUCGGCAUGGCUGUGCCAGCCAUGGCUAUCCCGCCUGUCAUCAUGAACGCACUGGAGAAGAAAGCUUUCCUGAAGAGGUUUCCUGUGCUCAACGCACCGGUGCAGGUGGGCCUAGUGGGAAUUUGUCUGGUGUUUGCCACUCCGCUGUGUUGCGCCCUGUUUCCCCAGAAGAGCUCCAUGGCAGUGAGCAGCCUGGAGGCAGAGCUCCAGCAGCAGGUGGCUGAGAUCAGUCCCAGCACUGUCACAGUGUACUUCAACAAGGGCCUGUAGCUGGCCGGCCCAGUGCCGGGCCCCCUACAGGCACAAGAGGGGCAAUGCACCGGCAAGCCACAGUGUGCCACUGGUCAUUCCUGAGGUAUUUGGACAGUGUGACUUCAAGCCAGUUACACAGUCUGCUUUACAGUUACAAGAAGUCCGUUUUAUAAGGCAGACUGGGUGGUACGCCACAGUCCCUGUAAAAACCACAUUACAGUGUUCCAUAUGUGCCAUGUGCUGUGUUCUGUUUUAGCCUGAAAGGGCAGCUGGACACACUUUCAGUGUCACACACUCACGCAAGAUGUUACGACAAAUCUAUAUUAUUCCAUUAUAGACCUAAAAUUAGCUACAUCGAAAGCGUUGGGGUAGUUUGCAAACCCUAGACCAUUUACAAGGUAAUCAAACUGUUACAUACACGUAAUUGUGUGCGCGUGUGUGUGCAGACUUGUCUCGAAUUGAAAACCCUGCUCAUUUCAUUUCAGUCACUCCAUCAGCACAAGUAUUUUAAAUGCUCACUUUUGAUUUCCAGAAGCAUCUGUGCAGGAAACGCAGAGUACAGCUGGCAGGGCGAAACCUGGCCGAUUGUUACCAAUUAGAAUGUCUUCCAGCUGACAGUGUGUGUGUGUGCAGGAAUCCGCUGUGGGUUGUACACUUGCCAUGGUCAGUGUGACCAGCCCGCUGCAUGUGGUGCUUCCCCUUCCCUCUCAGCACACCCCUGUAGCGUAUUUACCUCGUGUGCAGUUUCGGAGACGUCGUAACGGUAUCGUGACCAAACCUAUGCAUCCGUGAGGCUCUUUCAGUGUUCUGUACAGCCGCUGUGUGCUUUCUGUGGUCCAGUAGUAGAAAACUCACAUCGGAGAUCCUUUUAAAACCUUUAAGGCUGCGAGCAGGCUGGCGUCCUGCAGAACAGCCACUCAUGUUCGAUAUCAGGUGUUACAAAGCCUCCUUAAUGUGGCCACUGGCCGGGAGCCUGUGCAGGCAGAUCUGGCUCUUACAUGGUUUCCCUCAUUAAUCUCCAAUAUGAUGGUGAUGGUGUCACAAGUCACAAUCUUUGCACGCUGGGACUGAGCACCUUCCCUUGAUACACACUUAUGGGGGUCAGGCCACACGCAAAAGGAAAACAUUUGCCAAAGAUUGAAAUGGAUCUUCUGCACAGGUUCUAGGCCACCGUUUCUCAGCCUGGCUGAGAAACACUGUUCCUUGCCAUCAUUUUUAAACCAGUGCUUUGUGGCUUAGGUGUUCAAAAGAUUUUAAGUCUUAGUUUCUCUUCUCAAAAACAGUACAAUCAAUUAGUGUAAUUCACGGGAUGAAUUUGCUUUUUAGCUGAAGCCACCAGCAGGAAUUGUUUGAAAUGGCUGUUUAAAGGCACAAACGUCUAAUAUGCAAAGUGACUGAGGGUAAUCAUCUCAGUGUUGUAUUGAUUGUGUGCACUGAAUGUGUGUAAUAAAGGGAUGGGGAACAAACACGCUGUC